UGAUGACGUUUACGUUUGGCGACGAUUCCCCGACGACGACCGUCGUGCAUCCGUGUAUAUUGUUUAAUAAAUCUCUCGAUUUGAACGUCUGCAAGCACCUGGCAUAACAAACAUUAUGGUCGUUGAGGAGCCGAAUAGUGGUGAAAAUGUGGAGAAAACUGACAGCGGCACUGCCGUAACAGAACCCACGAAAAUCUUCACCAUCGAAAUUCUCCACAUGAUAAAGGAUGCCCAGCAACAACAUGGUCUGCGACAUGGUGAUUAUCAACGCUAUCGUGGCUACUGCACACGCCGUAUUCGUCGCCUGCGCAAGGCAUUGAAGUAUCCCCAAGGCGAUAAGCGUCACUUCAAGCGUCGCGAUGUUACGUUGGCCCAUCUCACCGGCAAGAAGGCAGACGAGCGUUACAUUCACAUACCGCUGAUCAGUGCAGAACGUGCUUGGGCCUAUGCCAUGCAACUGAAACAGGAAGCGAACACUGAGCUGCGAAAGCGCUUUCAUUUGAUCAACAAGCUGCGGCGCGCUUGCUUCUAUGCUCUACAGCUGCAGGAGCUGUGUAAUACUGAGGUGUUUGAUGCACGCACCAAGCUGGAGUGCGAAGCCUACGUGGCCUGGAUGCAUGGCACUCUUCACUUUGAGCUGCAGUUGUGGGAUUCUGCCGGUGAGCAUUUGAAACGCGCCCAAGUUGUCUACGAGAACCUGGCCAAGGCACUGCCCGAGGAUGAUCAGGAGCUAUAUCGCGCCAAGGUGAACGAGUUUACACCGAAUUUACGCUAUUGCGCCUACAAUAUUAGUGGCGGCGCUAGUGGCGGCAAGAUCGAUGAGAUACUCGAAUUACGCGCGCAGGGAGUUCUGGAGAACCUGGAUGUGCUGGUCAGCCAAACGAAGACGGAGAGCAGCGAGGGACUGCAGACGAUUGAUUGGCGUGGUCGUAAGGUCACCGUACGGCCUGAGAAGGUGCGUCUGUUUCUGCUUAGCACUCAGGAACUCGACAAAUCGCUGGCCAAGACCGCUAAAUUGGAUGCCAAGAUUGAGCUGAUCGAACGCAUAUUGAUGGACUGCAAAGAUGCCAUUCAAGCAGUGCGGGACGAGAUCAAACAGGAUCCCAAGCUACGCUCUCUGACCACAGGACAGACGGUGUCUGGCGUGCAAUAUUUGCUGGCAUAUUUGAGUUAUAUUCGGCACAGCCGAACGUUGCAGCGCAACUUGUGUUUGGUGGACCAGGCCAAGCUAAACUUUGAUGAUCCCAAUCAACAGCAACAAUCUACGCAAGCUCAGGGCGAUGGCAAGCGAGUGCGUCCCCAGGAUCUGGCUCGUCUCUAUGAGAUAAUACUGCAGAACGUGACGGAAAUGCAGCAAAUCACAGGAAUGGAAGAGGAUGCGCAAUAUCAGAGCGAAGUAGCUAAUUUGGCGCUAACAUUCAAGGCCUUCCGCUGCUAUUACAUUGCACUCACGCUUAUUGACAUGAAGAAGUGGAAGGAGGCUGUGGCGCUUUACGAACGCGCCUCUAACUAUGCGAAUGAAUCGCUCAAGGGACACGCAUGUGCCGAAUUCCAGUUGCAAGCGGAGCUCAAGAAAAUGGUGUCUACCAUCGAUGGCAGCAAGUUCUCGGCGCAUGCCUAUAGCGUGCUGGAGGAUGACAAUAGUGAGGAUGCAGGUGGUGUGUCCACCAAAUCGCAGAAAACAACGAAACCACUGUACGAGCGCCUUUCGCAAUACAAGGAGGACCAAUCGCUCCACACUCGGGCGCCCAAUGUGUUCAAGCUGACGCCUGAUAUGGAGCCGAUACCCUGCAAGCCGUUGUUCUUCGAUCUGGCCAUGAACUACGUGGAGCUACCAUCGCUAGAGGAUAAACUGGAGUCGCCCGACAAAAAGGGUGCAUCGAUUACAGGCUUUGUCAAGGGUUUUCUUGGUUGGGGCGGUGGCGGUAACAAGUGAAAGAUUUCGAGCUACGCUUACAUGAUCAAAACUAUGAGCCCCACUCUAUUGAAAUUCCAUGUUGAUGUUGCUUUUAUAUGAAAAAAACGUUCAAUUUGAAGCGUUUUCUUUUAGACUCCGGCUUUUUGUUAGUAUAAUUACCAUCAACCCAACAAACACCACAAAAGAAACAAAAUACCAUAAACAUUUGAUAACAAAAUUCUGUUUAAGUUACAAUAGUGAGGAAUUAUUGGUAAUAAAGGAAGCCACAAGUGCUGCAAUAGCUAUGCGAAA